GUGGUGCCCAAGCAGCAGCAGCAGCAGCAGCAGCAGCAGGGCCUCGCCUUUGUGGUUAUAGAAAGAGAAGAUGGCUCCCGUUCUGGAGAAACAGCUCCCGGGCUCAGCCGACAACAACAACGAAGAGGAAGAAGGACAAAACCUAUGGACCGCAAUACUGAGUGAGGUUUCAACCACGUCGAGUUCAAAGUUGCCAUCAGGAAAAAAUAUCCUGCUAUUUGGUGAGGAUGGAUCAGGAAAAACCGCACUUAUAGCUAAACUUCAAGGAGCAGAUCACAACAAGAGAGGCAGGGGACUGGAGUAUAUGUACUUAAAUGUCCACGAUGAAGACCGAGAUGAUCUUACUCGCUGCAAUGUUUGGAUCCUGGAUGGAGACCUAUACCACAAAGGCCUACUCAAGUUUGCCGUUUCAGCUCAGUCACUACCUGACUGUCUAGCUGUGUUCGUUGCAGAUAUGUCACGGCCUUGGACCAUUAUGGAGUCACUGAAGAAGUGGGCCGGUGUGCUACGUGACCAUGUGGACAAGCUAAAGAUCUCCCCGGAGGACAUGAGAGAAAUGGAGCAGAAGAUGGUAAAAGCGUUCCAAGAGUACACAGAACCGGAGGAUGCCGCCCCAACCUCCCCACUGAGAAGGGCCCCCACGGCAGGGGAAGACGAGGCUGUUGUUCUACCACUUGGGGACAACACGCUCACACACAACCUGGGCAUUCCAGUGCUAAUAGUUUGCACAAAGUGCGAUGCAGUCAGCGUUCUAGAGAAGGAGCACGACUACAGAGAUGAGCACUUCGACUUCAUCCAGUCCCACAUUAGGCAAUUUUGCUUACAGUAUGGAGCUGGCCUGAUCUACACUUCAGUCAAAGAGGAGAAGAACAUGGAUCUGCUUUACAAAUAUAUAGUGCACAAAAUGUAUGAGUUCCAGUUUACCACACCAGCCUUAGUGGUGGAAAAGGAUGCAGUGUUCAUUCCAUCUGGAUGGGAUAAUGAGAAGAAAAUUGGGAUUUUGCAUGAAAACUUAUCAACAAUCAGACCCGAGGAUCCGUUUGAAGAUUUCAUCACGAAGCCUCCAGUACGAAAGCUGGUUCACGAAAAAGAGAUCAAUGCCGAGGAUGAGCAGGUAUUCCUGAUGAAACAACAGUCUUUGUUAUCGAAGCAGCCGGCCACACCAACAAGAGGCGCCACAGAUUCUCCGGGACGAACAGCCUCGGGGUCUCCCAGGCCCGCUGGACGCGCCGGCCAACCAAGCUCGACCAGCAGCUCACCAAUGGCUGCUGUCAAAAAGCCUGACCCCAACAUGAAAGCUGGCGCUGCCAAUGAAGGAGUGCUGGCUAACUUCUUCAACAGCCUGUUGAGUAAAAAGACCGGAUCCCCGGGGAGCCCAGGAAGUGGAGCGGUAGGAGCGGGAGUCCAAGGGUCCGCCAAGAAAACAGAAGCCGGGUUUGACUGAUGUCCAGGCGGAGUUGGACCGGAUGACUCGCAAACCAGACUCCGGGGUUUCACCGAACAACAUGCCAGCGCCGGCCGAGAAUGAAGCGUGAAAGGCAACGAAAACAGCUGCGUCGCCCACUGCGUCAAUACUCCGGAAAUAUACAUGUACAUGUGAGCAUAAAAAAAUGACCAAAUUCCCAACGUUUAUCAGUCAGCACACACACACACACACACACACGCACACAGGGGUUUCACCUAAAUGAGUUUCAGAUGUUCUCAGAUAUUUUGCUGUUGUGGUGAAACAGGAGGAGAGAUGGAGGUGUUAAUGAGAUGAUACGUGCUGAUGGCUUGGCUUUAUUUCUGUCCUCCAACUGUAAAUGUUUUUCUUUGAGGGAUGUCAGUUUGCAGAAAUUAGUGCACACUCCGUCAACAUCCCCCCCACCCGUUUCUGGCUUAAAACAGCCACUGUUCCUGGGGGGUAAAGAGUGGGAAUAUACUGGUCCUGUGGCCACUUGUUCAGCUUAUCUGGCUGAAGGAUUUGGUUGUGAUUUGGAAAGUUAUUUAACUUUUAAAUAUAUUCCUUGAUAAAAGUAAUUAAAAUAAGUCAAAAAUAUGUACUGUAAAAGAAAUGUUGGAUAUGAUACUGCUGUAUUUCUACAUAGCUCCUCCUCAUUUUGUGCACCAGUUAUCGGGUUGAGGACGCAUUCAUCUGUAUCACAUAAACGUGUGAAAAAAGACAAAAAAGCCACUGACGUCAUGACACUAAUCUGACAAGUCCAAAUCGCUGGUAUCAUAUCAUUUGCCGAUUCAUCUCGAAGGAUUCUGUAAAUAUAUAUACAAAAGAAUAUUCAGGUUAACUUUGAUUUUUGUAUAAAAUGCAAUUCUGUCCAAAUUAUGAAAUGGCCUGUUUGACUAAUUGAGACUUGUUGGGAUUUGAUGGGCUUAAAGUUGCAAAAGAAACAACGAUAAACCUUUCGCUACAGGUGUGUAUAUUUGAGGAUGGGCUGCAUCUUUCGUACUAAAACUCCUAAGUGCCUCGCACAGUUAGCGGUCAUAUUGGAGGUGCACGUCUACACAAGCGGAAAAGGUUUUUGUCCAUUUCUCGUCAUCCGAUUAAUUUAUUCUGUUUUACAUUUUUGUUUAAUGACUGUGGUCUGUUGUUUUUCAAAGGGGGAAAAAAAAAAGAUCUCUGGCGUAGUUCAAUUGAGCGAUAGAUUGUAAAGGCUGCUGAUAUGAAGAAGGAACCUCAUGGCGGAACUUUUGGAUCCCCCAGAAGGCCGCUGUGGGGGUUCAACCACUCGCUUUGCAGCCAAAAGACAAACGAUGAUUUUGCUUUGAACAAAAUAGGAUAUUGUUUCCUUCGGUGAUUGACAGCCCGGUCCUAUGCUUGGUUCCAUGCGUUUCAUUCACGCUGUAUUUUGCAUGUCGUUUUUAAACAUUCCCGGUCUCCACAUGAAGUAGCUGUAGAAACUCAUGCGUGUGGGGACACCCCUUUUCUCCAGUCAGCUCUUUUUUGUUCAGUCUCUUUCAGUGGCCAUUUCUUAUUAUUACCCUUUGCCUUCAGCUAACUGUCCCACUGGGCACCCUGCCUUCACAGGAACGCUCCUUAUCCAUUUGUUCGUCCUUAAGGGGUUGCUUGAAUGUGUUCUGUAGUUUCUCUUUUUUUUAAAAGAAAUAAUCUCAUCAAAAAUACUUGUGCUUUAUCAUCAACUCUGUAUGCAAGGCCCCACGUAAUCUCAUGGAAAGUGUACAUGAGUGGCAUUCUCAGAAUGAAUUGCAGUGUGACGAGAGCAGCUAAUUGCUAUUCAAACAAUAGCAUAAAAAAGGAAAACUGGAGUUAAUUGGGACAUGGAACCAAAGAUGCAUAUUAGUCACUGUUUUCUGCUUUUUGUAGUUUAUAUUCAUCCAUAAAAGUAACCAGUGGCCCUCCCUCCCCCACCCUCACAUGGCGCCUAUGAACUUGUUUUUGAGUAACAUCCUAUAAAAAUGGUAGAAAUGCCUUCUACACUCAACCAUAAGUCAAAGGAAAACAAAUACCAUAACUGUGUAGAGUAGAUGAUGAUCCAUUCUCUAAACUGUUUUCGGUCUACAAAUGCAAUUGGUGUUUCACUUUAAAUUCGCUCUGUAAGGGAAUAGCUGUAAGACUAUUGGUGAACGGUUAACUUGAUUUUUUUUUUUUAUCAAUGAUGCUACACAUCUAUUUCAGAUUUACUUUGUCAUAUUGAAUCUUUGUUCUCCUUAACUUGUUUUGUUUUUGUAAGCGGGUGGAUGUGCCUCAGGGUCUGUUGCCCCAGUGGAUGAAGCACAAUUUAAAAACGGCCAGGAGCAGUACCGCCACAUGUUGAAAUAAGCACUUUUCCUUGGACACUUGUAUCAAUUCCCUGUUGCUACUGUUUGAGAUGAAGAAUGCAUAUUUUCCUUUUUGCCUUGCCUUUUUAGAACGAUUAGUAAUGAACCUAGACAUUAAUCUACACAGUAAAACUGAAUUAUUUAUCUGCAUUUGCUGCUUAAGUUAUGGAUACUGCCCCUGGUGGUUAACUUUGGAACAACCGCUUUUAGCUGGUGAUUUUGUAAACUGAUUCGAUCCUUUUUGAAAUCAUUGUCAUGACACCUUUUUUGCUCGAUGUUUUUAAAGACAUUGUUAAAUAGAUAAACCAAAUAAAUGCCUAUUCAUUUUCAGGUUAUACCUUUUUUGCCCAUUAAAAUUCUCAUUGUUUAUGUUUACAUCCUAAUAAGGCAUGUUGUUUGUGUUGCCAAAUAAGGUUUUUCCCAUAGACUCUUUCUGUUUAACAUAUUGUAAUGCAACCCUGGCCUGAGUGACACCACACCCAUACUUCAUGUCAUUAUAUAGUAUUCUUCAUAUAACAUGGCCACACUUUUUUGAAUUCAGCAUUUAGCUGAGUGGAAUGAAGUGCUCAUGCUGCUCUGUUUCAAAGUUGCACUCGCUCUUUGUAACGGUUAGAUGUUGCUCCCGAUAUUAAAUAAUGAACCGUUGUGGUAAGUUUUGUACUGAGUCGUCAGUUGGAAGCUGGCUCCUCCCACCCGAACUGAAUUGCCUUCGACCACUAUUGACAGUCUUCAUCCGUGUGAGACGAUGGGCUUCUGCUUCCAGUCCUUUUGUAUUCAAGAUAGCAAUACAUUGUAAACACAUGGCUGCUUUUGUGUCCUGAACUAAUUCGGAAGUUUGAUUGUAUGACUUUAACGCAAUUGUGUAGCCUUUAUGCUGCCGUGUGGAUUCUCGCUUCUUAUGCCGUCAAACUACGGAAAAUGUUUAUCAGACCCCUGGCUUCAAUAAAACAGAAUCCAAACAUUG